ACUCCGCAGGCAGUGCCGGAACAGGGCGGAGACUGGAGGGCAGGCGGGUCCCAGUGCGGGCCCAGGAGCCCCAGCCCAGUGACCCCGUACUUCGCUAUCUCCUGGCCGCAUCAUGAUCCAUCCCGCACCCCGGCUCUCGGUGCCCGCCGCGCUGGCCCUGGCCUCCGCCGCACUGGGCGCCGCUUUCGCCACCGGCCUUUUCCUGGGAAGACGGUGCCAUCCCUGGCGAUCCCGGCGAGAGAAGCGCCUGCUGCCCCCCGAAGACGACCCCCUGUGGCAGUAUCUGCUGAGCCGCUCCAUGCGGGAGCACCCGGCGCUGCGGAGCCUGCGGCUGCUGACCCUGGAGCAGCCGCAGGGAGAUUCGAUGAUGACCUGUGAGCAGGCCCAGCUUCUGGCCAACCUGGCGCGAGUCAUCAAGGCCAAGAAGGCACUGGACCUGGGUACUUUCACAGGCUACUCAGCCCUAGCAUUGGCCUUAGCGCUGCCCCCGGCCGGACGCGUGGUCACCUGUGAGGUAAAUCCGGGGCCCCCGGAGCUGGGGCGGCCCCUAUGGAGGCAGGCUGAGGAGGAGCACAAGAUCGACCUUCGGCUGAAGCCUGCCCUGGAGACACUAGAUGAGCUUCUGGCCUCCGGGGAGGCCGGCACGUUCGACAUGGCGGUGGUGGAUGCGGACAAGGAGAACUGCACUGCCUACUAUGAGCGAUGCCUGCAGCUGCUGCGCCCCGGAGGCAUCCUUGCGAUCCUCAGUAACUCCGCUCGACCUCACCUCUGCAGUGGAGGCUCUGCUCAGUGGACAUCACCUCACAACCAGGCCACUUGACCUAGACCUGAGGACCUCAAGGUUGGAGUAUAUAUCCUGUCCUCCCCCUGAAGUCCUGGAGGAAGGUGAGGGACUGGGUGGGAUCACUGGCCAGAAAGGAGUGAAACAAGUAUGGCAGUUUUUAAUAAAAGUUUCCCACAGGAAGAUGAAUAUAAAGUUGGGCUUUCCCACACCAACAUCUAUGAGAGGAGGUGGACAGGGAGCCAGGCCCUUCACUCCUCUCAUUUGGACUUCCCUAAUCCCAGUCCCACAGAAGUCCUACAGGAAGAUCUUAUCUCCACGUCACAGGUGAAGGUCAAGGCAGAUAUUAAGUAUUCUUCCACUAACUGCCUCAGCCUAGAAUACAGUUAGGUUUUGCAACCAGGGUUAGGCCUGGGUCCUUUAAGGCUGGAGACUGUUGGAAACAAGGCCACAGGAGCACCUGGGUGGCUCAGUGGGUUAAAGCCUCUGCCUUCGGCUCAGGUCAUGAUCUCAGGG